AUGCAUGGGCUUGGUUUCACCGGCUGGGUUGGUUCAUUCCAUCAGGGACCUGUAUUCCAUGAUGGAAUGAAAGAAUGGAGUUGUUGCAAGAAACGAAGUCAUGAUUUCAGCUUAUUCCUAGAAAUUCCUGGAUGUAAGACAGGCAAACACACAACUGAAAAACCAAUUGAGCCACCAGCAGCUGCUAGAGCAAAGAAACCAAUUUCUGCACCAGCUCCUGCAACUGAUAUAUCUACAAAGGAAGCUUGCUCUAGGUGCCGCCAGGGAUUUUUUUGCUCAGACCACGGUUCACAGGCUAGAGAAAUGAAUCCAAAACCAACAGAUGCAGUACAAGUUACUUCUGCUGAAGGCAAUACUGAUUCACAGGAAGGUUUUUCUGCUCCAUCAAAGAAGAUAGCUGAUAUAAACCAGCCUCAAACUUGUAAAAAUAAGGGAUGUGGUAAAACAUUUAAGGAGAAGGAUAAUCAUGACGCUGCAUGCAAUUACCAUCCCGGGCCAGCUGUCUUCCACGACCGGAUGAGAGGGUGGAAAUGUUGUGACGUUCAUGUAAAGGAAUUUGAUGAGUUCAUGGACAUAUCACCUUGCGCCACUGGGUGGCACAAUGCUGACCCCGUGCCAUAA